UUAUUCAUUGGCAUCUGCACACACACAAGCAGAGCCAAGCAGUACAUCACUGCUAAAAAAACAAAGCUUUUGAAAGUACGCCACGCCGAUCUUGGCCGUCCGAUCUUUCACACAACCCGCAUCUUGAUUCGUACGAAACAAUCGCCACCGCUAAAAAUAAAUUCCCCCACUUCUCUUUUUCAACAUUUUUGAAGUUUAAACCUCCACGGUUCUGCCCUUCAAGGCUUCAACAGCUCACUUCAACACUGGUCUCUCACCUCCCCCAAAAGACACUCCCUUUCUCCUCCCCCGCUCUCUAUCUCUCUUUUUUCUUUUUUCUUUUUUCUUUUUUUUUUUUAUUAAAUUUUUUUGUUUGCGUGGAUAUUCUCCGUGAGAGUCUUUGAGAUUGCAUCGGUGGGUUAUAUGCUUCUGGAGGAAUAAGAGACUGGAACUCAAGAGGAUUAAAUGGGUGUUCUGCUUCUUUUGCUGUUAGCAGUUUCUGUUGUUAGUGCUGAUGUAGAUCCCUUCAUUGGUGUGAACGUAGGCACAGCCCUCUCUGACAUGCCAAAUCCAACACAGGUGGUGGCCCUCCUCAAGGCUCAGCAAAUCCGACAUGUUAGGCUCUAUGAUGCUGACAGAGCGAUGCUCCUUGCUCUCGCCAACUCUGGGAUACGUGUCACUGUUACUGUCCCUAAUGAUGAACUACUUGGUAUUGGUCAGUCCAACGCUACUGCAGCAAACUGGGUUUCUCACAAUGUUCUUUCUCAUGUUCCUGCCACCAAUAUCACAGCUAUAGCUGUUGGAUCUGAAGUCCUGACCACCCUCCCAAAUGCUGGUCGUGUUCUCGUCUCGGCCAUGCAAUUCAUCCACUCUGCACUUGUUGCUUCCAAUCUUGAUUCUCAAAUUAAAGUCUCUACUCCGCAUUCUUCCUCCAUUAUCCUGGACUCUUUCCCACCUUCCCAAGCCUUCUUUAACCGCACAUGGGACCCGAUCAUGGUUCCUUUGCUCAAAUUUUUGCAGUCCACGGAUUCAUAUCUUAUGCUUAAUGUUUACCCAUACUAUGAUUACAUGCAAUCGAAUGGUGUUAUCCCAUUGGACUAUGCGCUCUUCCACUCUCUCCCUCCUAACAAGGAGGCUGUGGAUGCUAACACACUCUUGCACUAUACUAAUGUCUUUGAUGCUGUUGUUGAUGCAGCAUAUUUUGCUAUGUCUUAUCUAAAUUUCACGAAAAUCCCCAUAAUAGUGACAGAGUCAGGUUGGCCUUCCAAGGGUGACUCAUCAGAGCCAGAUGCCAAUCUAGAUAAUGCUAACACAUACAACAGCAACUUAAUUAGGCAUGUGCUUAACAAAACGGGGACUCCUAAACACCCUGGGAUUAGCAUUAGUGCUUACAUAUAUGAACUUUAUAAUGAGGAUUUGAGACCUGGGUCUGUCUCGGAAAAAAAUUGGGGACUUUUCGAUGCCAAUGGGUUGCCAGUGUACAUCCUUCACUUGACUGGUUCUGGGACAGUGUUGUCAAAUGACACUACAAACCAAACUUACUGUGUUGCAAGGGAUGGUGCUGACAAGAAAAUGCUACAGGCAGCAUUGGAUUGGGCUUGUGGACCUGGGAAAGUGAACUGCUUACCUUUGAUGCAGGGGCAGCCAUGUUAUGAGCCAGACACAGUGAUUGCACAUGCAACAUAUGCAUUUGAUGCAUAUUAUCAUCAGAUGGCAAUGGCUUCUGGGACAUGUUAUUUCAAUGGGGUUGCCACUAUCACUACUACAGACCCAAGUCGUGGAUCUUGCGUGUUUCCUGGAAGUGUUGGGAAAAACAGCACCUUCGUAAACACAACUUCGCUGGCUCCAUCUUCAAAUUCCACAAUCUCGGGCUGUGCUUCAAAAUAUUUCCACAGGGGUGGUUUUAUAGGCUUUGUAACUAUCGGUGCCUUGACUUGGAUUGCAGUUUUCUUGUAAAACUACUUGCAUAUCAUUCUAUGCGACUCUCCAACUGCAUUGGCAUCCUCGGAAACACUUGUUUUCAGUUAGGUUGAGAAAGUGCAGCAUACCCAAUUUUGUUUAUCCACAAGGGUUGGCUUGGACAUCGAUCUGGCAAGUACUAUGGUGAGUUGUCCAUCUGAUUGCACAAAAAAAGUGAUUAGUUUGGAAUUUGGGAUUGUUGGUGUAACUAUGUUGUUUAGGUAGAAGGUUCGGCUUCAUUAAACGUAUUCUUUGAGCAGGAUUUGCUGCUUCAUGUUAAUCUUCGGUGUGGUAAAUUGUCAUUUUUCUCUAAUUAUUUGCCACGAGAGUUGCUCAAAUGUUGUCUCCAUAGUCAACAUCUCUAAUCCCAUGUACCGUGUAGUUUUAUGAUGUGUCUAAAUAGAACAUGGUGUUAAUACUGAUGAGUAUCUAUCCAACCACACUUCAUGCUUAAUUCUCAUCUA